AUGGCUUCUUCUACCGUUAAUCUCCUUCUUCGUUCCCCGUCAAUCCAUCCUUGCUAUAAUCAUCAACAAACCUUCAGUAGGAAACCCUUGUCUUCAUAUUCAUCAUCAACCUUUCUCCCCUUCAACACUCACAGAUCAUCUUCAUCAUCAAAAAUAUCGUCACUUAAACUUGAAGCCACAGCUAACCCCAUAACCACCCACAAAUUACAGAACCCAUCACAGUUCCUUCUUCAUAACCCUAAAUUUUACUCAUCACCCCCAUUGAAGAAGAAGACAACGCCAACCGUAUGCAUGGCUUCGUCAUCAUCAUCAUAUCAGCAUGCUCAACCAAUCCCAGCUACAGAUAGACUAAUUUCAGUACUUGUAUAUUUGAUUCCGUUCUUGAACGGGUUAAAAUAUGGAACUUAUCUAUUUCACAAAUACCCUAUAUUAGAACUACCAUUUAAUCCAGUUAUACCAUUACUGGAAUUCUACAAAGCAAUACCUGGUAUAUUUAUACUCUUAACCCUUUAUCUUGGGAUUAUCAGAGAUAGGAGUUUUAGUAGGUUUGUGAGGUUUAAUUCACAACAAGCUUUGAUAAUGGAGAUCAUGGUUCUGGUUCCUGAAUUGGCUAAGAAAGUACUAGUGGGUGCCGAUACUAGUGAACAGAUUGGGUUUAAGUUUGAAUUGUUGAAGCUUAGUCAUGAUGUCACGUUUAUUUUGACUGUGGCCGCAUUUGUUUACGCGGUUUACAAGUGUGUUCUUGGUAGGAUACCUGAGUUUCCUGGUAUUAGUCAUGCUGUUGAAUGGCAGAUUUUCGCUAUUGAUAGGCAACUCUGA